ACUUCAGCUGUGACUCUAUGCUCGGACCAUGUCUACAGGGUGUCUACAGUCAGAACCAUCAACUAUUCCUGCCUCUUCAUCAGCUGGGCGUUGUUGAAUUUCUUCUAAAAGGCGGUAGCGAAACGCAACAGCGUAACAUAGUUACAAUUUUUAUACACGCUCUGCACUCAAACCAAGGACUUUCUCAAAGAGGGAACCAUAGUUUAGAGGCGACACCUUCCCUUUUUUUCCCGUGACCUCUUUCUGCUCUACUCCUAACGAAAACAGAUCACGCCGAUCGUUAGUAGGCUCUCGUCGUUCAGUAAAGAAGGCGCGGUAACUCAGCAAUUUAGCCUUCCUCUUUCGUACAGAAACUCCAAAGUCGAUAAUUUUUUUAAUUCAUUCCUCACUUUUGUCUCUAAAUUUAAUUACUUGACAAGAUGUUUGGUUUCGAUAUGUUUGCUGCUAUGCCAAGGACAUUCAAUACACAGUUUCGCUGUUAUUCAGUUGUCAUGUUCCCAGGAAACGAGAGAGAAGAUGUGGAACGUGGUGGUAAAAUUAUAAUGCCUCCUUCAGCCUUGGAUCAAUUAACAAGACUGCACAUUGUGUAUCCCAUGUUGUUUAAACUCUCCAAUUCAAGGUCGGGAAGAAACACUCAUUGUGGAGUACUAGAGUUUGUAGCUGAUGAGGGCAAGAUUUACCUGCCUUACUGGAUGAUGCGCAAUCUUCUACUUGAGGAAGGUGGCCUGCUGCAAGUGGAGAGUGCUUCUUUACCAGUUGCGUCUUAUGCCAAGUUUCAACCACAGUCUGUUGACUUUCUAGAUAUUACAAAUCCAAAAGCAGUCCUGGAGAAUGCACUUAGGUCAUUUGCCUGUUUGACGAAAGGUGAUAUAAUAGCCAUCAAGUACAAUGAAAGGAUCUAUGAACUGUCAGUGUUGGAAACAAAACCUGGAAAUGCAGUGUCAAUAAUUGAGUGUGAUAUGCAGGUUGAGUUUGCUCCUCCAGUUGGGUAUGUUGAGCCAGAAAGACAAGAGAGAAGAGAAGACAAGAAGGAAGAAGAGCACACAGAUGAACCUCAUGUGGAUCAUGGUUUCCAGGCGUUCACUGGCUCAGGAUUUCGCUUGGAUGGCAAGAAAAAGAAGUCCAAUGUGCCCUCUAACCCAGUCCCUAUGGGACCUCCUGUUAUCAAACGAGGAAUUCCAAAUUACGACUUUGAGAAAGGAAAGAUCACUUUCAAAAGGAACUUGAACAAAUCAAACAACUCACAGUUGAACAACAAAGCAGAAUCGACCAAGCCGGAAUUUGAAGCUUUCAAAGGAUCGGGCAAAACCCUACGACAGAAGAGGAAAAACUAGCGACAAAAAGACUAUUGAAAUAAAAACUUCAGAGGAAUAUGGCAAAAAAAGCAAUAUUUAUGGAGCGACAUAUAUCCGUUAUUUUGUACUGUGACCUUUUCAAGAGAGAAAGACGGUCACGUUACAUUCGAGCUACUCUCUGUGAAGUUCGACUUCCAAGUGAUAAACUUGGUCGCAUGACACGACAGCGAUGGUCGACAGGAGAACUGCAUAAUUUUUUCUUCCAGUAUACAGACGUCUCUAGUAAGGGAAUGCCGUCAUGGGGGCAAAUCCUCUGUGAGCUUUCCAUUAAAAAACCGAAUUCAAUUUUUACGUUGUCGUUCAAAAACGAAACUCUUGCUUAGUUUGAUAACACAAAGAUUCCAGUUUGUAUAUAAUUACAUCAAAACGAAUAUAAAUCGUUUUCACGUUCUAA